AUGAGUCGUCGUAGUGCAAAACGUCCACGUUUUAGUGUUGGUGGUCAACCCGUAUUUGAAAAUGAAGAUUCAUCAAAUCAUUCUGGUCUUGCUGUAAUUGAUUAUGAUGAUAAUUCAUUAUCACAACAACCUGAAACAUCAACAAAUAGUUCUGAUCAACAUCAUUUUCCUCAACAUCAAUUUGUUCCUGAACGAACAAAAUCAUUAAUUCAACGAUCAACAAUAAAAUAUUCAAAUGAUGAUAAUACAAAUUUAAAUGCAUGUCUUGAUCAUCUUUUACGUUUACUAUCACGUAAAGAUAAAGAAGGUUUUUUUCAAUAUCCUAUUACUGAUCAACUUGCACCUGGUUAUUCACAAAUAAUUAUUCGUCCAAUGGAUUUUUUUACAAUGAAAAAAAAAAUUAAUCAAGAUGAAUAUUUAAAUAUUCUUGAAUUUCGUUCUGAUUUUGAACUUAUGUGUGAUAAUGCUAUGAAAUAUAAUCGUCCAGAUACAAUUUAUUGGCAAGCAGCUAAAAAAUUGUUAACAACAGGUCAUAAAUUAAUGAAUAAAGAUAAAUUAUUAAAUUUUCGUCGUACAAUUGAAUGUUUUUCACGUUUAACUGAACGUGAAUUUGGUUUUCGUAUUGAUACAAUAAAUCAUACAAAUGAUGAACAAUUAAUAAAUUCAAAUGAACAAAUUGAUACAACAUUAAAUGAUAAUGAUAAUUUAAUUAAUCAAACAAAUAUACAACGUAAAACAAAAUUAAUUUUAAAAUUACCAAGAUAUUAUGAAAAAUUAUCAACAUUACUUGUUGAUGAAGAAGAUGAUGAUGAAUUAUCACCAGAAGAAAUACUUUCUCAAGCACAACAAGCUGGUCAAUGUGCACGUGAAAAAUUAAGUUUACGUCGUCCUAUUUCAGCAUAUAAACUUUCAUAUCAACGUAUAAAUGGUACAACAUCAUUACGUUUUAUAAAUCAAGAUGAUUUAUCUCAACAACAAUCUCAAACACGUACAAUAACAAUUGGUGAAUUAAGUAAUAUGCCAUCAAGUGCUGGUGGUCCAUCAGCUAAUGCAUAUCAUCCACAUCCAAUACCAAUUGUAAAUGAAAGUGAAAAACGUAAUCAUUUAUUACCAAGAUAUUUUCUUGAUUAUGGACCAUUUUCAUCACAUGCACCACAAUAUGAUACAUCAUUUACUUCAAUAUCAAAAGAUGAACUUGAUUUAUUAAUACAUACAUAUGGAAGUGAAUUUUCUGCACAAUAUGCUAUUUCAUUAAUUGAUUAUGUUAAAGAUACAGGAGAUUUAGCUUUAACUUAUGUUGAUCGAUUUUUAUCAACAUUAACAAAUGGUAGACAUGAUAAUUUAAAUAUGAAACAAGGAAAACAAACGAAUGAGAUUUCAUCUAAUGAACAACAAUUAAAUAAUUCAAAUCAUAUUACAACAUCAGAUACAAUUAAAUUAGAAUCAAAUAUAAAUUCUAAUGAUAAUAUUCAACAUCAAUUAGAUAUGAAAUUAGACGAAAAUGCUAAAUUACUUGUUCAAUUACGUCAAGCACAAUAUGAUCGUUUAUGUCAACCAUCAAAUAAAAUUCAUCAAAUAAUAUCUUCGUCUCAACAACAACAACAACAACAACAACAACCAAAUGAACCUCUUAAUGAAAAUGAUUUAGCUGAAAAAGUUCUUUAUAAUCUCAAUGAUAUGACACAUAUGUCAUCAAAUGGUCCUGAACAAGUCAUAUCACCUGAAGCAAUUCGUCAUAAUCUUGGUAUUAUUAUUCAUAAUGAAUCCCCAAACAUUGAUGAAUUGUAA